AUGAGGCUUGAGUAUUCCACCAAGGAGGGAAGAGGAUUGUUGAAGCUGUUUUUUAAUUGUUUUCGAAAUUUUAUUCAGAACACUAUCCGUUUCUGUGUCUAAAAAAAAUAAAGGACUAAAACGAUUUCAUUAAUAAUAAUGGUUUAAGUCAAGAUCAUAGUCUUGUUAGUCUGUGCAUUGACACUGACCUAAGCUUUCGAAGCUGAGGGCACACUCUUGUCGAUGUCAUUAAAUGAGAUUAGCAACCUCAAUUUAGGGGAUGUUAAUUGUUAGAACACAUCUUAGCAAUAGUUUGUGUAAUUGGAAUAAAAUCUCGAGUCUUGGGCCGACAUCAUCGAUCACAAGGAUGACAUCUAAAAAGAUAUCAACACUUUGAAACAAUUGGAAGUGAUCUUACUAUAAGUGAAGAAAUAAACAUAAAAGAAAAAGAUCGCUCCCUAACAAUUGAAAUAAAUUAAUUAGGUCGUGACAAAGAAAAUUAAGUCUUUGGUUCUUCCAUAAACAGCAAGCAAAAUUGGACAAGCUCAUUGUGAUGAAAUCGAAAGACAAUUAGAGAGAUUAAGUAGCGAUAAUGAGUCAGAAAGAAGUGAGUGCUGUGAUGCUCUUCUCAAAUUAGCCACCUUCCUCAUCAGACAAUUAUCCAGCAUUAAUUAAUAAUGCCAUUAAAACCCAGUCACCAUCAUUAAAAUCAAGGGAUAAAUCAAAGAAUUACAUAUCAUUCAAGGAGGAUGCGGAGGAGGACAAACCAUUGACAUCCCAAUGGGAGGAUCAGAUGAAAAAUGUGAUAAACCAGAAACCCCAACCAAACCUACAGAUCCUACAGAUCCUGAAAAGCCAACUGACGACCCAGUCCCAGAUCCCGGAAAAGAAGAAGAAACCACAGCUGAAGAGACUGUAACUGAAGAAGGUGAAACAACUCCACCAGGACCAGAUGCUGAAGAAGAAGGAGAACCCACACCAGAGCCAGAUGCUGAAGAAGAAGGUGAAACUACACCACCAGGACCUGAUGCUGAAGAAGAAGGAGUACCCCCUGGACCUGAUGCAGAAGAAGAAGGCGAACCAGUACCAGAACCUGACGCUGAAGAGGAAGGAGAGACUCCAGCAGGACCAGAUGCCGAAGAAGAAGGUGAACAACCAGGACCAGAACCUGCUGCUGAAGAGGAAGGAGAAACUACUCCAGCAGAACCUGCAGCAGAAGAAGAAGGUGAAACAGCCACACCUGCAGCUGAAGAGGAAGGAGAAGCAGCAUAACCACCCGCAGAAGAAGAGCUUCAUGAACCAGCUGAAGAGGAAGAGGAAUCAUUUGGACCAGAUGAAAAAAAUAAUACAAAAGGACCAGGAGAUAUUCCAGAUGAUGCUGAAGAAGAAGGAUUCUUACCAGAGGAAGAAUUUAGUCCUGAAGAUGGACCUGAACCUCAAGCAGAAGAAGAAGGCCCCGCUGAAGAAGUGACCCCUGCAGGUGAAGAGGAAGGAACUCCAGCUACUGAGGAAGAUCAAGGUGAAAAUGUUCCAGGAGAAGAAGGUUUCCCUGAGGGAGAAGAAGAAAGUGAAUUCCCAGGAGAUAUCCCAUCAAACAAGAAUGGAACUUCUACUAUUCCUGAUAUCCCUGAAGGUGGAGAAGAAGGUGCUGAGGAAGGUGCUGAAGAAGGCUCUGAGGAAGAAGGAGUUCCUAAAAAGCACGGGGGUUCUGAAUCUAAACCACAUAGAAAACCAGCAGGAGAAGAAGGCGAAGAAGCAGGAGAAGAAGAAACUGAACCAGAAGAAAAACACGGUCGUGGUAGUGAAUCUAAACCACAUAGAAAACCAGCUGGAGAAGAAGGUGAAGAAGCCGGAGAAGAAGAAGAAGGAUGGGUACCAGGAGAUAUUCCAAAAGGUAAAAAUGGAACAUCAACCAUUCCUGAUAUACCCGAGGGUGAAGAAGGAGCUGAAGAGGAAAGCGACGAAGUAGGAGAAGAGACUGAAGAAGGUGGAGAAGAAGGUGCUCCAGGAGAAGAAACUGAAGAAUCUCUAGAUUAACCAGAAGAAUCAGAAGAAAAAUGUUAAGAGACUGUCGAAAUAACAGCAACAAAUGCAGCUGAUAUCAUGUGCGCAUUAGGCUAAUAUUUGAGUCAAUUGGCUCACGGAGGAUCCCCUGCUGAUGGUCCUAAGUCUAAGAAGGUUUGCUUCUGCUUGAAAUAUGAACCAGACAACGCUGAUCCUUCAUUGCUUCAAUUAACUUAAAAAGUGAGCAAGAAAUCUAGAAUAGAACAAGACGGUAUUUUAAGAGCAUUAAUUCCAAAUAUGAGAAUCUGAAAUGAACAAGCUUUUUUUAUUUAUUGAUCUAAAUAAAAAAAGUAAACUUAUCGAU